UGUGCUGUGCACUUCUGGAGAGGUUGACAGCAAUAAACGACGCUAAAAUCGGGGAAAAGUCGACAGAGCACCUUUAAAAAAAGAAUAAAAAGCCUUUAAAAUGGCAAGUGAAGAAGAUACUGCAAGUGUAAGACCACCAGAACCGGUUACAAUCCUUGUGGUUCGAUGCAAAAAUCUGAAAGGGUCUAAAGGUGACUCCUUGAAUUCUUUGGUGAGGCUUGAGUUUGGAGCUAAUCUGCUUGGAGAAUCUCCAAAAGUUGAAGCAAACACAGAGACCCACAGCACAGAAUACAACUUUCAUGCAUCAUUUGACUGUACAUUUGAAGAUGCUACUUUCCUGGACUCAAUAGCAUAUAAGCCUGUGAUAGUAACUGUUGUGGAGGUUCUUCCUAAAGACAAGAAGGGAAAGGAAGAAAAAAUAAAUAUUUUGGGACACUCUUGUAUCGAUUUGCUACCACUUCUUCAUGGAGAAACCAAAUUCAGUGUUAUGCAGUGUGUCCAUCCUGUCACUGUUCCAAAUGAACCAGCCACAACUGAACAUGUUCUGCCUGAAAUUGAAGUGCAAGUCUCUGUAGCACAACCUCUUCUUACAGAAACACAGCUUCAUAACAGCAAUUUAUUGAGUGUCCAUGUGGACAGUGCAUUUUCUGUACCAGACUCUUGGCAGAUUCAGGUGGCUCAGCAGUUUAACCACACUGUCAGCCUUCCUAUCCCAAUAUCUGCUGAGAAAGAAAAUACAGUAGUGAUAUCCAACGGACUGCUUCGCGCACCAGGAGAAAGGGAAAUUGCAACUCAGCGAAGGUGGUCCGCUGCGCCGAGUGCCUCCGGAUCCUGUCUGUACAUUACAGACAGUAACAUCGAAACUUUGCCGUUCGAAGACGAAGACGGUGACCUCAGAGACAGAGAAGAUAUCGCUUUUCGUCAGGAGGCUGUAAAUGAGAAAAAUCACGUUACUUGGAACGCAGAAAGACGCUGCUUCUUAAGUGCAGAGGCCGCUGAAAGUUUGCAGAAUAAGGUCGCGCAGAAUCGUUACUGGCCCCUGGAAAUAAUGAGGACCCCAAUACAGCAGGCCACAAAGGCAAAAGGAAAACAGAGCUCGUUAGAAGAGGAAAUUCCCAUAUCAUUUCACGGAGUAGCAUAUGUUAACAUGGCGCCUUUACUCUACCCCGGUGUGAAAAGAAUAAGAGGAGCAUAUCUUGUGAAGCCCUUCAUCGAGAAUGAAGUGUUUGAUAAAACCAAGAGAAAAGGUACACUGGCGGAAGAGGCUGCCAGAGUGGCUAACGGGAUGGGCCGUACUCUUGCCUCGGCUAUGGCACUGAAGGCUCCUCCGCCUUCCAAACAAGGCAAAGCGGAUGCGAAAACAAAGCCGUCAGCUGCUGUUCUCAAACCGGACGUUUCAACAGAGGGAGAAAGUAACGAAGCCAGGAAUCUUGAAGGACAGCAAUAUCUGGAGUCACGAACUUUUAUCACCUUGGAACUUGUCCUCGACAAGCCGCUUGUUCCGAAACGGCCGCCAUCUUCGCUCGCAAGGAAAGUUGCAGAAUACAUUCCUCCACGUCCAGUCUUUGCUCGGAAAACAGGAGGCUCCAAAAAGGCUGUAGAAGAUUUUCACGGUCAGCUGACCGCUGUUGCAAAUUCCCUGCUUGAGGAAUUCAGGCAAAUGUACGGCGAUGAUUUGUUGAAGGGGAGUCUACCACAGUCAAAUGAUGCCAUGGAUCAGAGGAGACAGAAGUUUCUGUACGAACUGAAUACAUCCGGAAAAUAUUUCGCUUUUAAAGAACAGUUAAAGAACAGUGUCAUAAAGAUUGUGCGAGAGAAGUAUUUAAACACCACAGCUUUUACAGACAAGGAAAAACUACAAGCAUUCCUCAGCGAGUUGUAUGUGUUUUUAAUUGACCAGAUGCACGUUGCUCUGAAUAAGUUUCUCACAGCAGAAGAAGCCCCAGAGGAACCACCACCAGUCACGGACUCUGCCACUCUGAAACACUUCGCCAGAGAGGCUGAGGUCAACCAGCGUUUGUCUCGUAACAAGAACGAUCCUGAUCACUGGUUUGAUUAUGGAGCGUUUUGUUUGCUUAUCGGCGACUUUGGCAAGGCCGAAGAGUGUUUCAAGGAAACAGUAGCUAUUGCGCAGAAACAUGUACCAGGUCUUCUGAUGUAUGGCUGCAUCUCUCUGAUGAAUGCGAAGUACGAAGAAGCCGAGACUUUCCUUGAAGCGGCAACAUGUGCUGAGAGCAAAAACGUUAUUGCGUGGACCAUGCUUGGUUUGUACUAUGACAGCAUUCAAAACGACAUUGGAGCAGAGCGUGCGUUUCUUGAAGCCAACCGCUUAAAUGCGGCAACUUCGUCUUCUAUUGAGCUGACGGCCCCAGUAGAUGUACCGGCCGAGGUUGAAGGUUCUGUUUCAGAAACUGUAGCUGAGGAACUUGCCGGAGAAGGGGCACCUGGAAUUGCUGUGUCUGAGGACCAGAAAGUGCCUGAGGUCCAUGUUGAUGAUGUACUGCGUGAGGAGCCUGGGUCAGCGAGUGGAGAAACUACCAUCGGCACUAAAAAACGAAAGUUUUGUCGGUACCAGGCAUUAUUAGUCCCUUUACCUGUUCACUCCUCAAUGAUUCAACCAACGUUUUGUGUUUUUGUGAUUCGGUACCAGCUGACGGACGCGGCUUUAGCGCACGAGUUAGUGGCAGCCAACGGAGAGCCUGGAGCGAGAUACUACGUGCUUCUUGGGAGGUUGAAGAUACAACAGAAAUCUUUUAUCGAAGCAGAAGAGAAUCUUAAACAAGCUGUCGUGUUAAAGCAUCAGGUAAUUUAUAUUAGUCUUUGUUGGGGGUAGCUUCCAUCCACCAUGGUGAUUUUCUGUUUGUUUCCCUCUUACAGUGCAGAAACGUAUAUUUUCUCAGUUUUAGAACAAGAAGAGCGAAAACAUCUUUCGCAUCAUUAGGA